UUCUGAGUUAUGGUCACAGCUAUGCCAUCUACGGCAUGGCACGCAAUAAAGAUUCAACCGCAACCUCGUCUCCUUCAGCGUCGGCACCCUUUAUUAGUCCAAUCCUUUAGGAGGAGCGACUUCGACACCUUCACUCGCCGCAUGGCCUCCGAUGAGGCCUGGAAGGACGCCUGGCGAACCGCCAACAACGGCUUCGAGCAAUUCAUUUUCGAAGCUAAAAAGACUGCUGAACGAUUAGACCACCAGUACUCCAUUUCCCGCCAACUCUCCUCAGCCGUCCAAUCGGCUACGGAACGUGCUCGUGAAAUUGACCGGGAGUUCGAGAUUGGACUACAUUGUCGGACUUUUUCUAUGGAUUUUAGCAGAAAUUGGCCUAGGUACAGGAAGCAGCUGAAUGAUUUCUUGGAUACUCCACUGGGAAGAAGUUCUGCUUGUACCCGUCAGUCGGGAGGUACUGAGUGUGGAUAUUAUGUUUGUAAGUUCAUGAAAGAGAUAGUCGAUAACGGACUUGAAGUGAUGGUCACUAAGAAUGUUGGCGAUGGGAAGGAAGAAUACACGGAUGAUGACGUUGAUGAUAUUCGCAAAGAAUGGGUUUCUUAUGUGGCAAACGUUAUUAUGUCAUGAUAUUUUGU